AUGGCUCCCCGACCCGGUGCUGACAUGGCUGCUGCCCCCCGUGAUUACAAAAAAGGGAAAAUACAUAUUAGUUCUCUGCUACAAAGUAGAAGAUUUACAAGUAUUAAAUAUCUGUGUUUUUACAAUUUUCAGUACACAGAAGAAAAGAUUGGCAGCGCUGAAAAGACAGAAUUAGAUGGCCACUUUGAAUCCUUGUCCCAUCAAGCGGAUUCGGCCAGACACUGGACGGAAAAGAUGCUGGUUGGUGCAGAGUCUGUCCUUAUUCCAAACCCAGGCAACAGGGUAGAAGAUAUGAUCUUUGAAAAGAUUGAGAAGCGCCGUCCCAAUAGACUUAGCAACUUGGAAUAUUUUGGGUUGGAUAUGGUUCAAGCUGGGAAUGAUUUUGGCUCAGGGACAGCGUAUGGGUCAGCACUGCUGAAAGUAGGUGGUGCAGAGCAGCGUCUUGGGAUGGUGGAGAGAGAAUUUAUUAGCAAUGCAGUUCAGGGGUUUAUCCAGCCACUGAGGAAGUUCCUCGAAACUGAAAUGAAAACGAUCACAAAGGAGAAACGACUUUUAGAGACCAAGAGGCUGGAUCUCGAUGCAUGCAAGAGUCGCCUCCGGAAAGCACGUUCACUGGAUGGCCAGUCUUCACAAAAGGAUGCAGUGGAUCCCAAAGUUUUAGUCGCUCGGGUAACUAUCUCUUAG